ACGAAUCUUCCACAAACGCGGAGAGGUAGAGAGAGAGACAGCGAGAGGAGUUGCAGAGAGCUAUGGAGUCGUUAAUGAAGUGGCUUGUUGAUCCAAAGAAGAACUGGUUUGCACGUCAACACAUGAAAACCAUCUCCACGCGCCUUCGCAAAUACGGGUUGAGAUACGACGAUCUGUAUGAUCCGAAGUAUGAUCUUGACAUCAAGGAAGCACUGAAUCGGCUUCCUCGGGAGAUCGUGGAUGCUAGGCAUCAGAGGCUGAAGCGUGCCAUAGACCUUUCCAUGAAACACGAGUACCUAGCCGAGGAUUUACAGGCCAUGCAAACACCAUUUAGGAGCUACCUUCAAGAGAUGCUGGCUCUCGUAAAGAGGGAGAAUGCAGAGCGUGAAGCUUUGGGAGCGUUGCCCCUCUACCAGCGAACCCUUCCCUGAGCAUCUGCCAUCUACCGCAGCUAUUCACCCAUUUGAGUAUUAUCUUUAAAUGAAUUUUUAAGGAUAAUGGUUUUUGGUUCCUGGAGGAAGUUGAAAGGGAUUGUCUGACUGCUUCAAAAGUUUAUUUUCCUUAUUUAAUUUCCGAUAUUGAAUGGUUUUUGGUAUUUGGUUGUGAACGAAUGGCAGUCUAUUUGUUUUUAAACUAAUAAUAUAUAAUCCAACUAUCAACUUCCAUAUUA